AUGUUAAAAAUGUGUCGAAAUAUACAGGAAAUUGGACAAUUGCAAAAGGGUGAGAGAGACACAGGUGAUAUUGCCCUUAUUGCUGCUAGUCUCCGUGGUUUUGGCAAGAUCUUCGAUCGGCAAGAACAAUAUGAUGAAGCACUUUACUCUCAUGAACAAGCACUGACAAUGUUCGAAAAAUAUUAUGAAUCAUCUCAUAUCGAUAUCGCUGUUAGUUAUUACUAUAUAAGCCAGGUUCUUAGGCAUCAAGGAGAAUAUGAAAAAGCUCUCGACUUCAGUCAACGAGCAUUAUCAAUUUAUACGAAAUAUUAUCCAAAUGGCCAUGCAUACAUCGCUUCCAUUCUCAACAGUAUCGGUCACAUUCUCUACUGCCAAGGCAAACAUGAUGAACCUCUGAAGAUGUUUGAACAAGCAUUGGCUAUGCUGCAAAAGUAUUAUGCAUUUGGUCAUGUUGAGAUAGCAUUUGGUCUCGCUGGAAUAGCAAAUGUUCAAUAUCAAAGAGGAAAAUACGAUCGAUUUCUGGCAUUUAAUGAACAGGCGCUUGAAAUUUUACGGAAAUUUUAUUUUCCUGGUCACGAUGAGAUUAUCUGUAUUCUCAACAAUAUUGGCUAUAUAAAAAAUGAACUAGGAAAGUAUGAUGAAGCUCUUGAUUUUUAUCGACGAGCAUUGGACAUGCAAGAGAAAUUUUAUCCAUCUUAUCAUGCUAACAUUGCUGACACUCUCAAUGCCAUGUGUAAUGUGCUACGUUGUCAAUCAAAAUAUGAUGAGGCUCUAUGCUAUUGCCAACGAGCACUAACAAUGCAAGAGAGCUAUUAUCCAUCUGGACAUGCUUCAAUAGCCUUGAGUCUCAACAAUAUUGCUAUCAUUUUAAUCGAUCAAGGAAAGUACGAUGAGGCUAUUGGUUUUCAACAAAGAGCACUUGCAACUGUCGAAAAGUAUAAUCCAUCAAAUCAUUCUUCCAUUGCUAUUUAUAUGAAAAACAUCGGGUUUAUAUUAAACAAACAAGAAAAGUAUGAUGAAGCUCUCGAUUUUCAUCGAUGUGCACUCAAAAUAGAAGAAAAAUAUUGUCCAUGGCAUGAGCGUGAGAUUGCCAAGACUCUCAGUUUUAUCGGUGUUAUUCUCGUUGCACAGCACAAAUAUGAUGAAGCCUUAGAAUUUUAUCAUCGCGCACUUGAAAUGCAAAAGAAAUUCUGUCCUGAUGGUCACAUCGAAACCUCUCAUACUUAUAACUUGAUCGGUAAUAAUUUAUAUGAUCAAAAGAAGUACAUUGGAGCUAUAGAGCUUUAUGAAAAAGCCUUGGCUAUUCAAGAAAAACAUUAUGAAUGUCCUCAUAUUGACACCGCGCAGACUCUAAAUCGUAUUGGUAAUGCCUUAUAUAGUCAAGAGAAAUAUGCUGAAGCUACUGAAUUCUAUAAACGAUCAUUAGCUAUUCGAGAAAAACUCAAUCCAUUUGGUGAUGCUGGAAUUGCUACCGUUCUUUGCAAUAUUGGAAAAGCCCUCUAUGAAGAAAAAAAAGACGAUGAAGCUCUUGAGUUCCAUCGACGAGCAUUAAUAGUUCGAGAGAAAUUCGACACAAGUAAUCUUAUCGAUAUCGCCGAUAGUUUGAACUUUAUUGGUAAUGUCCUAUAUCGCCAAAAAAGAUAUUCUGAAGCUACUGAAUUCUAUAAACAAUCAUUAGCUAUUCGAGAGAAAUUACAUCCAUAUGGUAAUACUGGAAUCGCUACCGUUCUGAGCAAUAUUGGGGGUGCUCUGCGUGAACAAAGAAAAUAUGACGAAGCUGUUGACUUUCUACAACAAGCAGUGGUAGUUCUCAAAAAUAGUUCACCUACUGAUCAACGGGCAAUAGCUAGCGAUCUCAAGAACAUUGGUUAUACUCGCUUUCAGCAAAGGAAAUAUGAUGAAUCUAUCAAAUUUUAUUCUCAAGCAUUGAGCAUAUUCGAAGAAUAUUACCCUAACCAUCAUAUUGAAAUUACUAGUUGCCUGUCCUGGCUCAUUGCUAGCUUUAAUAGAAAUGCACAGUUUGAUCUUGCUAUUGAAUAUUUGGGAAGAUGUUUGUUAAUUGGAGAAGCCAGUUUGUCUCCAAAAGAUAUCUCCAUUACUACCGUCCUUACAUAUUUUUCACAGGUACAAAGAACUAGAGGCCAACAUGAACUCUCGCUUAUAUAUGAACAGAAUUGUUUGUUAAUGCGUCUCAAAUUGCUACCGCCAAAUCACCAAGAUAUUGGCGAUAGUUUAUCGACCAUAGGUGAGAUUUACGAAAGCCUCCAUAAACCAGUAUUGGCACUUGAUUACUAUCAACAAGCAUUGGCAAUCUACAGGAAAUGUCUGUAUCCGUGGCAUGAUAAUCUCUGGAAGAUGGAAUUGAAUAUUGAACGACUUUCACAAGAACUUGGAAUACAACCCUAG